AAAUAAGAAUGACCCGGAUGCGAAAACUCCAACAACACAAGAGACUACAACAUGGCAGCGUACACAGGUGAUGAAGACAGUGAUGAAGAACAAUGGCAGUCAAUGGAGGAGGGAUCUGAAUGCAUAACAGUCCCGUGUUUACUCUGUGACAGCAGGACUUUCACCUCUGUGUCUGAAACAGUACAACACUGUAAGACAGAACAUGGUGUGGAUAUUCCAGAUCUUGUCCAAAAACACAGGCUUGAUGACUAUGGCUACAUAAAGAUGAUAAACUACAUUAGAACUACAAAAUGUUCUGCAGAGAGUUUGAAGCUUGCUUCAAAUGGUCCAUUGCCAUGGGACAGUGAUCAAUAUAUGAAACCAGCUUUACCAGAUGACCCAUUACUGCUGAUAG